AUGCCGUCUUCCAGCAUGGCAGCGGUGGAGGCCACCUUACAGACCAACGGAAGCGAAAGCACUGCCCGACCGGCUCUUUCGGUCGCAUUGCAUGUGCCCACUUCGGCGGUGGAUCAGGUCAGCUGGGCACAAGCCGCACCCUUAUCGGGCAAUCCGAAUCGACGUUCGCAUAUUCAGCAGAACGUUCAGGCGCUUCCCACGCUUCCCGAAGCAUCCCACGCCAAUGCUCUCAACACAGCCACAGGACCUGCGCCCGUCGCACUCGGACUAACCGCCGACUUUGACGCCACCACAGCAGCCGCACUCAACGGCCUCAGCCCAGCGCAAAAGACACUCGCCCUCUCGCGUUCGCAGGGCUACGAUCUCAUCGUCUUGGAGCUGACCAACGAGCGCUGGAAGGAGCGAUGGGAACGACUUUGUCUCGCCAAUCCAAAUGAUGUGCCUUCUGCAUCUGGAUCGUCCGCAGCGGUUCCGCCCUCAGAUUCAAAGAAUGGACACGGCCUCACCGCAUCUAACACAGCCGGUAGCACAGCAUCGGCAAGUUCGCAAGCGUCUCACACAAGCGCAGCCUCGUCAGCUGCUCUUCUCCGUGCCGAAGAUGACUGGGCUUGGGAGACGUGGGAGCAGAUUCGACAGCUCUGCUCGUACAACACCCGCCUUCAGGUUGCUCUGGAUCUUGGUAGCCCGCUGCCUUCCCCGAGCAUCUUGGCACGCUGGAUGGCUGAGCCUGUCAGCAUGCUUUGGGUACCCAGCGCUUCUUACCUCGCCAAUGCAAAGGGCUUCCCUGUUCUCUCGAAAGCGUCUCAGGCGUUCUUCCGCUCCAUGUUCAAGAAGAAUCCGACAAUCGUGCUGAGCGGUGUUCAGAGCCCGCCACCCGCACACUCACGAGGCGGUCCGCUUGCUUACCUGCAAUACGUACGACACCUGGAAAAAGCAACUCCGCCGGACGGCGCUGUCGACUCUUUUGCGCGCGGAUACACCGACUGGCUGCAAGCGCCGCUGCAGCCUUUGAUGGACAACUUGGAAGGUACCACCUACGAAGUGUUCGAACGUGACCCAGUCAAGUAUGCGCUGUACGAGGAAGCGGUGUACAAAGCGCUCCUCGAUAGGCCAGUCACUGCGAAUACACUCAUCUGGGUCUGUGGGGCUGGCAGAGGCCCUCUUGUAGAUCGCUGUCUCAACGCGGCAGACCGCGCAGGACGAGCGGUACGUCUCGUAGCAUUGGAGAAAAACCCCAACGCGCUCGUGACAUUGCAGGAGCGACAGGCGCUUGAAUGGGGUGAUCAGGUGAAAGUGCAGUAUGGCGACAUGCGCAAAUACCCUGUGCCUUCGAGUAUGGCCGAGCGACCCGACAUUGUGGUUAGCGAGUUACUGGGAAGCUUUGGCGACAAUGAGCUGUCGCCAGAAUGUCUUGACGGCGCCAUGAGGUUCCUGAAACCGAACGGUAUCUCGAUCCCAUCGUCAUACACGGCGUUCCUGUCGCCGCUGUCGUCGUUCAAGCUGCACACAGAAGUGCUCAAUGGAUCCAAUGCAGCUCUGUCGUCGGCAGUGCAAAAGGCAUCCGAAACGCCGUACGUUGUUUUGUUCCGUAACGUCACAUUGCUUGCAGCUCGAGGAGGACGACUAAAUUGGGAGCAGGUCCAGGAAUCGUGGAUGUUCGAGCAUCGACCUUCGCAAAUGACGCCCCUCGUCUACGACGAGCAGGGACUGCCUGCUUCCAACGGACACAACAUCCGUACAGCCAAGCACACGUUUCACAUUCCACAAGCAGGUACAUGCCAUGGUCUAGCAGGAUACUUCGAAGCGCACCUGUACGACAAUGUGACUCUCAGCAUCCACCCGGAUCCCGUACGAGGAUCAAAGGACAUGUUGAGUUGGUUCCCAAUCUACUUUCCUUUCCGCGAACCGAUGUAUCUGCCAGCUAACUCGGAGUUGGAGGUACACAUGUGGCGACUCACCUCAAACGAUCGAGUGUGGUAUGAAUGGUCUGCUGAGGCGUUUCUGCCUCUGUCGAUCGGUACGCUGGAAACCGCCGCGAGAACACAGCAGCAACGCCCCGUGUCGUUGGAUGCUAGUUCGUCCGUGGGCUCAAACGGGACCGCUGCGGAACAGCAUAACUUUUCCAACGCUCCUCAUACGCCAAGGAUUCCAAGCGUGUCGCUGCCACACCAAGCUCUCGAUUCGACGCACGCAGGUCUGCAGGCAAGCGCUUUGCCACAAACACCCAUAACAAGGGUCAAAAUCGGCAUGACUAGGUUGCAUAAUCCUGGCGGACGCAGCUCAUGGAUUGGUCUCUGA